CCGGUUAAACGAAAUCAAAGGCACGUUGUUCUUACUCUUUAGACCCAGAGAGAAAUGGUUUUGUUACAGUGUACGAAUACUAUAUGAGACCAGUCUUGUCGCUUGUUACCUAAUCACCAAAGCGGCACAUUGAGUAGGAAAUGACUUGUGUCAAGUAUCAGAACAAAUUGUCAAUCAUAUAUGACGUAUCAAUUGAUUCCUUGAGAACUGCUAACCAAAGAACCGUAUGCUCAGGAAUCGUCGCCAUCUUGGGAUUUCUCAAGGGUCCUUCCUCGUUCCAAGAUUACUGAACCUUGCCAGGCAGUCACUCUUUCCAUGAACCCUGAUUCGUUCGCAGAUGAGCAAACAGUCUCCAAACUUACAAAAACUCAAAGCUCUUCACCGCCAAACACGGAGCAAGGGUUUACUGGCGAUAGCAGUUGCAGCAAGUGAGACCAAUGGAUUGGAGUUGUCAGAGGUCUCCAUAAUAAGCCUACCCAAAAGUGAAUCGAACUGUGUCCAUUCUGGAACGCUGCUGCAGAAAGCUGAAGAAUUUUGCCGAAAAACUCGUGUGGUCGCAAACAAGUGCAAGGUGUUUGUUGGUAACGUCAGUUAUAGAGUGAAAUCUAGAGAGUUGAAGGAAUUUUUCAGCUGUUUUGGUAAAGUGAUUUAUGCUCAAAUCAUCGCGGAUCGCAUCAAAAAGCGUUCUCGAGGUUUUGGAUUUGUGACAUUUAGUAAUGAAUGGGAAGCACGAAAAGCAAAGGAUGCUCCUGAUGAGGACAGAACUCUUGACGGACGAAUCAUGAAGGUUUGUUCACCUGAAAGGAAGAAAAAAGGUGCUAAAAACUUCAUUCAUGAAACCACUCUAGAGGAAGCACUGGAGUGUUAUAAUAAAAAUGGCAGUGGCAACAAGGAAACAAUGGAUGCAGAAGAUGAUAACAGUGAAGAAAACACGAUUCAAUCUGUGCCAGCAGUUUUUCGGCUCAAUGAAUACACCAUGCUUCACAUUUUCUCAUAUUUAGGUCCGAAGGACAGGAUUAGAAUUGAAAGGGUGUGCAGAAGAUGGAGGCUACUAGCCAUUAAGUCAUGGCACCAUUUGAAUCAUCUUGACUUCCAUGGAGCCUUCACAUCAUUCAAGGGGAUUGGAGGUCUUACUGAUGAAGUUCUGUGGUCCAUUUUAAGACGUGGAUGCCAGAAUCUUACUUCUCUGGAUUUGUCUCUGUCACCACAUUUCUUGACAGAAUUUGCUGUUCUCUGUAUUGCGAAACAGUGUAAAUCAUUGAAGGAACUUGAUUUGAGUGGAGUUGCUGUCAAUACAUCUUCUUUAAAAGCUUUAUCCAAAAGCUGUACACAUCUGGAGAAAAUAACCCUUCAAAAGUGCUACAGAGUGGGUGAAAAAGCUCUCUGGUGGCUAUUUAAGAACUGUAAGAAAUUGAGCCAUGCCAAUUUGGAAGGAAACAAAAGUCUCAAAGGGCAGUGUUUCUUCAUGCUGCCACCAUCUUGUGAAAAUUUGUAUCUAAAAGAAUGCACUCAGUUGACAGAUAAAGGAAUGGGCCAUCUCGGUGAUAAAUGUAAGAACUUGAAAACUAUUGACAUCUCAGGCUGUAUCAUGCUGACUGAUGAGGGAAUCCUACAACUCACACAGCACUGUUGUAUGAUUGAAUCAUUGGCUCUCUCCCAGGCUGGACCAAAUGUGACCAGCCAUGGAUUGCAGGGUAUUGGAAAUUUGUUACUUCUGAGAAAGCUGGAUCUAUCAAAGAAUUCUGUUGUGAAUGACGAGUUAUUAUAUACCAUUGGAAGAGGUUGUAUCCAUCUAAGUUCUCUAAACCUGGAUUCAUGUGAAGGAGAAAUAACAGAUGCAGGGAUACAGUGUCUUGUCUCUUGUUAUCAGCUGUCUUCACUUGUUAUUAGCUACUUAGACAAGAUAACAGACGAGUGCGUGGUUCACCUGUCUGCAAAUGGAACUCUGGAGCGGCUAGUGGCUAGAGUGUGCACAGGACUCACUGAUAAAUCAAUUGAGAGUCUGUUACAGCAUUGCUGUCAGCUGACAAUCUUGGACAUCAGUGGUUGUGGCAACAUCACGAACGCAUCUGUUGAACUGCUGGCUCUGUAUUGUGCAUCGGAGGAGCGACCCAGUCUCACCUGCACUGUGGGAGGUACAUCCAUCGAUGAGGAAGCAAUAGCUAGACUGCAGCAGACAUCGUGUCGGUGUCACGUGUUUCGUGAUGAUUUCUCCAUUAGUACGAGAACUGACGCUGUUCCGUCUUAUGGCUCAGGCGCUUUCUACCGCGAGGACGACGACGAUGACGAUGAAGCGUUUGAGGAAUUUGGGGACGAGUUUGAUGAUGAUGACGACGAAGGCGCAGAGCUCGUUCACAACAUAGUUGAUGACGAGGAGACCUGGAUGGCAGAGGACUCGCUAUGGUGGCGACCAGACGAUGCAGAAGAUUACCUGGAGGCUGAUUAUCCUUCGUUACUGGCGGAACAGUUGUACCGGUCUUAAUGAAAGGAAAAGGAACGAAGAAUCUCUCUUUAAAUGAAGUGCCGCUCGCGUUACGGACGCGAGCGUGACUAGUGUCACGAAAGUGACGAGAAGUCUUAGAAUUGUGUGACCUAAGUCUGCGUGACGAACUGCGUAAACUCUUUAACAUAGUACAAAUGGUUAAGACAGCUAUCUGGUCUGUUAUUUGGUCAGGAAAAAAAGACAGCCAAACUAAUGCCCCAUGACGAAACAGCAGUGCGAGCUACUAAUAAUUGAAUGGCGUGACUCAAAUUGCAUAACUUGUAACGUAUAUGAAUGGUACGAAAUGUAACUUGGUAGCCGAUGAAAAGGACGAAGAAGUUUGUUGUUUUCCAAAAAAAAAAGAAAGAAACAUACUAAGAACAUUACUUAUUUGCUCUUAUCGCUUCUGUUUCUCAACCUCGUUCCCAGGGUCUCUCAUCUUACCGCCCCUUGGAGCGAGCGAAGAGAAACCCUGGUUGGGUCUGGUCACGUGUCUCCCAGAAUCUGGAUGGAUGAAGGGAUGGGCGGCCUAGUAGGAAUCUUGUCUAUACUUAGCCCACGGGAGUGCGGGAUGUGUUGUCACCAAAGUAAACCAAGAACGAUAUGUUCUGCGGCAAUGUACGGCGGUAAUACUCUGCAAACGCCGAGGAAAGCUUAUGCAUCAUCUAAUGGCGGAAAUCCAAGUCGCUGAAGGUUGUAUGGUUCAGUGAAGGACAUUACAUAUUGUAAAAAUCUCUUCAAUAAGGCGAAUGGAGAAUUGCACACCGCGACCGAGGCUGUGUAUGGAAGAUCUUUGACUCAACCUUACCUCAGAAAGAAGCGUAGGUCUUGUGAACGGCGAUUAAAUAAUUCUAGAGAAUUCAGGACGUUUUGAUUGAUCACUGAAAGCAAAGGUCACUUCGAAAGGAGCGAAAGGUUAAAAAGAUCAGUUUAAGUCGGCGCCCCGAACUUUGCAGAGCGCGAAGGAUAAUACAACGAACUCGUCGCGGUAUGCAUUUCGCCGUAGUUGCUGAUAAACUGGAUUUAUCUUCGACCGAAAGGAGGUUAGAAAAAGAAAAAUAUAAUUUUUAUUGUGUCGUUAAUAAAUUAGUGUACGUGACUCCAACGGUUCGUGACAAUUGUGCACAUUCUCAUUUAAUUUUCGACCUUUCUUUACUUCACGCGUUUCUGAGGGGCACUUUUUAUGCCGUGUUAUUAGAAGAAAUGGAAAUUAUAAGUAGAGUGGAGUCGUUU